GUAAACAUCAAAUAAAAAGAUUUGGUAGAACCCUAAAUCCGUAAAAUCAAGAACAUGAAAAGGGCAUGCGAACCAUGCAAAGGGCUCCUUAUAUAUAUAUAUUACUAAAACCUCCCCAAAAGGUGGUGUGGUAGUUCCAACCUCAUUUUCCCCUUCAGCCUCUUCUUCCUUUGGUACAAAGCUAGUUAGGAAAAAAAGAAAGAAAAAAUACUUACCAAUACAAAGAUUAUGGGGUAUUCGUAUUUUGACGAUUUCGUCAAGAGCAAGAUGUUCUUUUUCAUUAUAAUCGUCCUUGUUUUCUUGGAGAGACCUGCCAUGGCCGCUCGGAAAUCGGAUUUUUUGGCGGAUUUGUUUCCGACUGGAAGAAAUGAGAUGGUGAAGUGGGCUGGUUAUGGAGAAGAUAAGCUCUCGACGGUCGUGAUUGGUGGAAAGAUUAUCUGCCACGGCGGUGAUAAUAUAGAGAAAGAUUCGAAUCCAGUAUCAGGUGCAACAGUAGCGGUUUUAUGCGGAUCAAGCAGGAAAAGGAAGAAAUCGUGGGCUAGAACUGGCACGGAUGAUUCCGGAAACUUCCUAAUCGAUCUGCCUUCACAUCUCCACGCAAUCCCAAACUUGGAGAAAAUAUGCCACAUCAAAGUCGUUCGUCUCCCGAAAACUAGUCCUUGUUGUUCAAUGCGCAAACAUAAGUCGAUAAAAUUAACAUCGAACGCUGAUGGCAUCCGUAGUUAUACAACCAAAGACAUACAUUUGAAGCCUCACAAGCGCGCAUGAUAUUAGAAAGAAGGCCACAUCUUAUAAAAGGAAUUAAUGGGUUGUGCCGAGUUUCUUGCAGCUUGUGUUCGAUGGCGCUUGUAGUCACAUAUGAGUUGCAGGGUUAAUUUGAGUAGCUAGCUAGCUAAAUGAGCUUGCUUUGUCUUGGUGAAUAUAUAUGUGUGCCAAUAAUGUAUAUAUAUAUAUAUAUAUAUAUAUUACAAUGUACGAUAUUAGUUUAUUGAAAAUAUUGUAUAAAAUUU